CAAGACCCCUUUGACCUGUCUCUCGCCGACCUGCGUUGAGAUAGCUGCCAGCCUCCUCGUCAUUGAGAAGGGGACCGUCAUUGUCUUGCAUAUUCUCUUGUUUGGUGCUUUGUUGCUAGCGUUGUUCCUGCCGAGCAUCGACGUCUUGUUGCACCUUCCUGGAUCUCGCAAAUCCUGUUUACAAGUGCGACCACCCGCUAUUCUUACCCUGAGCACCUAAUUUCGCAUUACUACAAUCGUCAAAAUGGCUUUCGGGCAAUCAGACGGCAAUGAGUUCUUCAGCUCGUGGGCAUUGUGGCAGAAGAUGACCUUUGUAUUGGCUUGUGGAAUCGUAGUCACAAUCUUCCUUGGUUUCUGCAAACUUUGGUAUGACCGCAGCAAGAUUCGCAAGUACAGCAAGGUCGAAAAGGGAAAGAAGGCGGCGACGCCGGAAAUGCUCGAGUCGCAGCCUGUACAGCAGGUGCAUGCAGAGGAGAUGAAGGAUGACAUUCCCUUCGGUGUCCGCGCCAUUGAGAGUGGAAUUGAGGUUGACGGUGUCUGGAUUUCGCGCUCCAACACGCCCGUUGGUAGCAGCCGUGCCUCGAUAAUCUCCGAGAACAGGCUGCCUCGCAGCUUCAACAACUCUGCCCUCGAGCUUCCUCAGAUGUCGUACGCUUCGAGCCGUGGUAGUUCUGCCGCGCCCAGCUCCUUUGACCGCGCCGUUUCUGCUGAGAGGCUUCCUACCAACGACUCCCGUUCAGGAUCGCCGCCCAACCAGGUCUACCAGAGCCGACCUGGCCCUUCGUCUGCCCGCUACAGCCAGUCCAACCUCGCUCGCAACUCGGCCGCACUGCAGAACCUCGAACAGGCCCGCUCAGGACCUCCUUCUCCCCGCAAUGGUCAGUCUGGAGAGUCCAGUGGCUCCUCCAAGAAGUCUAGCCGCCGCACCAGUGAUGAGUCUGAUUACAUGGCUAUUGGACAAGACGUUCGCGCAUACGAGACAGCAUACAUGAGGCCCGCCUCUGGCCUGAGCCCCAUUGACCCCCGCACCGACCUUGAUCUCCUCCAAAGCCACCGCAUGUCCCACGUCGCCGAGACUGGCCAGCUCACACCACGAGUUCGUAGACCAGGUAAUAGCGGCGAGUGGGCCAGCGUGGCGGAUAACCAGGUUGCUACGCACAAUGGUGUUAACUAUUUCAUGCCUCAGAAGACUUCUUCUCCUCCUCUGCCUCCUAUCGUCGAUCCGCAAGAAGAUGCCGCAGGCUACGCGUCCAGUCAUGUCCCGGCCUCACAGCCCCAGGACCAGUACCAGAGCCAGACUAGCCAGGGCGUCCCGCUACAGGAGUCGUACGCACCGAACGCUCCCUACUACCCUGACACAUACCAAGUCCGCGGCCCCCAGCACCAGUUGUCGUACGAUGAGGUUCCAUACGAAGUUCAGACAAUGCAGAACAACCAGCGUCCUGAGUCCCAGGUCCUCCGCAGCGUCAACCCUGGCUUUCAAGUGCUGAAGCCAGGCACAUUUGCCCCGCCAUCCCCAGAAGCGAUGGAGAUGACAGACAGGAGCGAGAGGAGACAAUCCACCGGAAGGAAGCUCCAGAAGAAGCGCCGCUCGUCUGGGGAAUCAAGGAAAUCUGCCUUCACAGAGCAGGUCUAAAUCCCUUGCUUUGAC